UUGUCUUGGUGAAACAGCUGAUAUAAUGCUACUUCAACCUCCUGGACAGUACCUUUGCUUUGUCAGUCUGAUGGUAACGUGUUUGUCGGUAUACAUCAACGCUCAAAACAGGGUACCUAUUGAUCUACUACCCCACUGCGAUGGGCAACAUGACGCGUUGGAAGACUUGUUCACCAUCGUUCCAGGACUUUCCGCCUUAAAAAGAGCUUCUACAUCUCAUCCGUACGAAGGAAGGCUGCUUCGGAGAUUUUCCGGUCCUUUCUCUGACAACAUUCCCCUGCCUUGGACAUGUAGCAUGACACCAAUAUGGCGGGAUCUUGGCGAAGAUUACUACCCGCGCUUUGUUCGAGAUGGCACGUGCAAUAACAGAACAUGCUGGUACAGACAUUACGAGUGUCAGCCAGUCUUAUAUACGUUAAGUGUUUUAGAGAGACAGAAUAGCGAAUGCUUUGACCAGUCCCUGCCCAGAACACUGUCAACGGCAUGGAGACAGCGAGCAGUAACAAUAACCAGCAGCUGUAUGUGUCACAGGGUGUGAUUUGCAACAAACAUUUGGUUAG